UACAUCCCUCUCCGCGAACGCCGGCCAACCGGAGGGGCCGGCGCAUGGCGGCGGGGCCCCGACGAGGGAGGCAGGCGGGGGAGGCGGCCAUCUUGAGCUGGGCCCGGAACGGUGGCGGGAAUGGCCGGGCAACCGCGAUUUCGCGGCGGGGCCUGAGCGGCGGCGGCGGGCCAUGGAUGUGCGGAGGCUGCGCGUCAACGAGCUGAAGGAGGAGCUGGGCCGCCGCGGCCUCGACACGCGCGGGCUGAAGGCGGAGUUGGCCGAGCGGCUGCAAGCGGCGCUAGACGCCGAGGAGGCCCGCGGGGGAUCGCCCGGCCCGGGAGGGCUCUCGGGCGGGGAGUCGCUGCUGCCUGACGGACACUAUGGCAUCCAUGACAACGCUCAUCAGGACAACCUACAAGGAUACCAGUCUUACGAGCAUUGCAGCAUCAAAGAGGAGAACGAAUCUGGGUACGAGAGGAGACCUCUAGACCAAGCUCAUUCAGGCUUACAUUCAGAAAUGAAGAUGGAAGUGAAACAAGAGGAUCUGGGCCCUGGCUACAACACGCCGUCCUCUGGCUACAAUGCGCCUCCUUCUGGCUACAUGGGACCUUCCUCCAACUACAACACCUCUGCAUCAGGUUACUGUGCACCCCACUCCGGCUAUGGCACCUCUGACUCAUCUCAGCCCUGGCAGCAGCAAAGUCGGAAGAGGCCAUUUGAGGAAUCGCGGGGGCGCGGCUAUUACGAACACCGAGAGGAUAAGAGGGGCCGAUCUCCACAGCCUCCUGCGGAAGAUGACGAGGAGGAUUUUGAUGAUACGCUGGUGGCCAUUGAUACUUACAAUUGUGACCUGCAUUUCAAAGUUGCCCGUGACCGGUUCUGCGGCUACCCUCUGACCAUAGAAGGGUUUGCUUUCCUGUGGUCAGGUGCGCGAGCCACAUAUGGGGUGCGACGUGGGAGGGUCUGCUAUGAGAUGAAGAUCAACGAAGAGAUUUCAGUCAAGCACCUUCCUCCCACUGAACCUGAUCCUCACGUCGUGCGCAUUGGUUGGUCACUGGAUUCCUGCAGCACCCAGUUAGGUGAAGAGCUUUUCUCCUACGGCUAUGGGGGCACAGGAAAGAAAUCCACCAACUGCAAGUUUGAGAAUUACGGUGAAACCUUUACUGAGAAUGACAUCAUCACCUGCCUCGUGGACUUUGAGUGUGGAGAUGAGGUGGAAAUGUCCUUCAUGAAGAACGGGAAAUGGCUAGGGGUGGCAUACCGGCUACGGAAGGAGACCUUGGGAGGCCAGGCACUCUUUCCUCAUGUCUUGGUGAAGAACUGCUCCAUCGAGUUCAACUUUGGCCAGAGGGAGGAUGCCUUCUUCCCUGUGCCACCCGGGUUCACCUUCAUUCAACACCUUCCCCUGUCAGAACGAAUUCGGGGGACCAUUGGACCAAGGAGCAAAGCGGAUUGUGAAAUCUUGAUGAUGGUGGGGUUGCCAGCUGCUGGGAAGACCACAUGGGCCAUUAAGCAUGCUGCAGCCAAUCCAAACAAGAAAUACAAUAUUUUGGGAACAAAUGCCAUCAUGGACAAAAUGAGGGUAAUGGGGCUCCGACGCCAGCGCAACUAUGCUGGCCGCUGGGACGUCCUCAUCCAGCAAGCGACGCAGUGCCUGAACCGCCUGAUCCAAAUUGCCGCACGGAAGAAGCGGAACUACAUCCUGGAUCAGACAAACGUGUAUGGAUCUGCCCAGAGACGAAAAAUGCGCCCUUUUGAAGGCUUCCAGCGCAAGGCUAUCGUAAUUUGUCCCACAGACGAGGAUUUAAAUGACCGAACAAUAAAGCGCACUGACGAGGAGGGGAAGGAUGUGCCUGAUCAUGCAGUGUUGGAAAUGAAAGCCAACUUUACACUGCCAGACGCAGGCGACUUCCUGGAUGCAGUGGUUUACAUUGAGCUGCAGCGGGACGAAGCCGAGAAGCUGGUGAGGCAGUACAACGAGGAAGGCAAGAAGGCUGGUCCACCACCCGAAAAGCGCUUUGACAACCGGGGUGGCGGCUUCCGUGGCCGAGGCGGUGGCUUUCAGCGCUUUGAUAACCGAGGGUCCGCAGGGGGCAACCGAGGUGGCUUCCAGAACAGAGGUGGCGGAGGAGGAGGAGGAGGAGGAAUCGGUGGAUUCAGAGGAGGCGGCGGAGGAGGAGGAGGAGGCGGCAGUGGCAGCGGCAGCGGAGGUGGUGGUGGUGGAGGAGGAGGAGGAGGAUUCAACAGGGGUGGCUACAACCAGAAUCGCUGGGGAGGUGGAAAUAGAGACAGCAACAACAACAACACCCGGGGCAACUACAACCGGAACAACCAACAGCCGAGCAGCUACAGCCCAGCGCGUAACCAGAACACCUACAAGAGUAGCAGCAAUAUCGCCCCCACCCCUCCUGCUCCUGCUCCUGCCCCUGCCCCUGCUCCUGCUCCUGCACCAGCUCCUGCCUCUAAUGCCCCUUCCAAUACUUACAAUCCAGGGUCACAGAGCUACACACAGCCCUACAACCCCCCAUCCGGCUACAGCCAAGGAAGUUAUGCUCCUAGCUAUAACUAUGGGAGCUACAGCGGUUACAGCCAAAGUUACACCCAACCCCCACCGCCACCUACUCCACCGACCUACAAUCAGCCCAACUACAACCAGUACCAACAGUACGCCCAGCAGUGGAACCAGUACUAUCAAAACCAGAGCCAGUGGCCCCCCUAUUACGGCAGCUACGACUACGGGAGCUACACAGGCACCUCGCAGGGGGGGUCCAGCACUCAGUGAUGGCAGCGCGGCGUCCUUGGAAAGAGCAGCUUGUUUGUGCCACCUUCCGCAAGUUUUUAACUUGGCAGUGGCAUUUCUGACUGUCUUGGGAGACCUGGAACGAAAUUAGUCUCUCUGCCCUUGUUUCCUCUCUGUAGUUCUUGAGAGUGGCUGCGUUUUUACCUGUACAGCUAGAGGCAUGCCUCCUUCCCUUAGUUACCAUUCCUCAUGAGGAAGUUGCAUUAUUUCUUUUCUCUCCUUGUUGAAGACACUUGUUUUUCCUUUUUAAACAUUCUUUGGUUCUGAAAGGCUAGAAUCUUAAAUCUCACAUCUUCGUACUCUAGGCCAAGUUCUACCUUAGUCUCAAACUUUCUACAGUAGUUGAGGGGCCAGCUUUGGAGUGGCCCUUUGUAAGAUUUGUUACCACUGUCUUUGUUUCCACUCCACCUUGCACAACUCUGCUAGUAAGCAUAAAUUCCAGACACUUCAGAAACUCUUCCUGCAGUUCGGUGUCGACCAUCUUUGAGGUGUUUUUAUCCAUCUUUUCUGCAAAUAAUUAUAAAACAGGAGGGAGAAGAGAUGGCUGUCUUAUGGUAACUAUGAUUUUUUUUUUAGAUUCUUCUGUAACUUUUUACCGUGGGUCAGCAGCUAUUAAUAUUUUCAUCAAGGUAACAAUUUGUUCUUGCUCAGUUCAGGAGAGGAGAAAAGAAAACAAACAAGAGAGAAAAUCAUCAUAAAUGUGUAACUUUUUAUACAAUGUCUAAGUUUCUGUAACUUUGCACAUGCUUUGUGUUGAGUUGAAUUGUAACAGCUUUUUGUAUUUGGAGAAAAAAAGAGUGAAUAUUGAACUUUAAAACAUUG